ACACAAACACAAACACAAACACAGAAGUCGAAAAAUGCACAUUGCUCGGUCUCCGACAACAAAAGGCCACUCUCAGAGAUUUGAAUGAGGAUGGAAGAGGAAUCAGGGAGGUCGGAGCUGCGGAGAAUGCAAAGGGAGCAAGAAAGAGAAAGGCGGCGUAUACGGGACAGGCAAAGAAGACAGUCUAUGACUGUUGAGCAGAGAGAAAAACAUCUUGCUAGGCGUCGUAGAAACUAUCAAUUAAGAAGGCUAAGAGCUGAAAAUGUGAGGUUGGGUUCUCAAACCGGAGAAAGAAGUGUUGUGUCUAGAAAUGAAACCAUCACAGUCAAUGAACAUCAAGCAGUAAUUUCUGUUUCAGGACCUAGUGACCAGUGUAAUACUGUUCCUCAUGUUGAAAUCAAUCAAGGCCAAGAAAAACUAAUUGUGGAAUGCACAAAGGCUGAGGGUUUGGAAGCUCUAGCCCACAAAUCCGCUCAUUUCCAAAGAACGUUACGUCUAAGUCACGUAAGACAUCUUGCACGAACGUUGAAUCAUUCUGUGGGUGAGCUUACAGGCAAUCGCCAAGUCAUUGCUGCAGUUGUAAACAAGGGGGACGUUACUAGCAACUGUUCUCCAGUUGGAGAUUCUGAUUCCGGUAGAUCACUGCAAAGUUUACGCUUAAAUCGUGUUAAGCGUCUUGCUCGCACAGUAAACAAUUCAGCAAAUUCUGUUAUGAAAGAGGCUACUGGUCAAAGUGACCAAAGUGGUGCAGAAGUUCAACUGAAACUGCCAUGGGGAGGAGACACAGCUGGUAAUUAAUGAUGGCCUGAAACUUGUAUGAACUGUUCAUUUUAAAGGAUGAACAUCUGUCUUGGCUAUUGAAGAGAGGGGACCUUUUACUUGGCCACAUGCAAAAAAUGAAGUUUGCUUAGCUCUUCUGAACAGGUUCUGGAUUGAAGAUAUUGUUGCAGGAUGGAGAAAACGAAAAGGAAUUGCUUUACGGGCCAGGGCAUAGAUAAAUUGUUGGACAGGGCUGCAUGAUGUUAGAAUAACAGGACCAUAGAAAUAAUCAGAGACUGAAGCUUGAUUCUUCCACCUCAGCUGGGUGAAUUGUAUUGAUGCCUUUUUGCAAAUCCUAGGAACUUUGGGUGCAUUGACUGCACUUAUC